AACAACCGUGGCUUUGUUUCUUCGCAGGCCUAGUAAAUGGAAACUAACUUCGUUGAAUCAAUCCAAGCAACAAGAUUUCGAUACCUUAAUUAUUGAUGAUGUAUCUAAUGACCAUAAAUAACGAUCGAUAUUGAAGAAGGAAGACAACAAAUAUUGAAAAUGCCAUCAUUCGAUUUGGCAGGAUUGCAACUUCGUGAUGCACACGGCGAAGGAUUCUUCUCUGAAGAAGAGCGGAACAGACGCCAUAGAGUGCUGGAAAGAAUUUCAGCUUACGGUGGCAAAACUGACCAGUUAUAUAAGGCUAAUGGUUUGGAAAGUCUACGUGAAGGAGCUAGUGUUUGGAGGCUAAGCUCGGGUAUUGAUAGAAGUACGAAAAAUUCUGGAAGCCGGAUUAGGGAAAUUGAAACACAUUGGCCUGAAGUUGAUGAAAAAGAUGUGCUGUAUCAAACAGAAGCCCUUGAUGGAGGAGAUAGUUCAUCAAAUGAGCAAGCCAUUACCCAACAGCCAGAAGCUCAAAUGCCACCCAUUGAUGACAAUUUUACUGAAAAUUAUUAUGAAAUCUCAAAUCAGGUAGAACCUGUGACUGAAAGAGAUUUAAGAGAUAAAAUAGCAACAAAAGCAUUUUAUACAUCAACAACACAGAAGUUAUAUCAGGGAGUAGAUUGGAGGAACUCAAAGUGCAGACGACCUGACCCACCUUCAACAGUGAUUGAACCUAGACCAGACAUGGUGACACAAAGAACAAAAAGAUAUGAAUCAAAACCAGAAGUCUGGCAGAAAUUUAGCAAAAAGCCAUUUACGUGGGACUAUUUGCAAACAAGAGAUGGACAUUAUCUCAGAAGGCCAUUUGCUUUCACUAGCCAGUGUCAGAAGGUUGGACAAAUACCAAAUUAUACGGGUCAUGUCUCUGGAGAAGGUGAGAAAGAUGUGGACGGUGAGACAUUCACGCCUUUAACAAUGAUGCGCUCAUCUAAACCAAAGUAUACAAUCACAAGCAGGCGAGGAUACGUUCCUGGCUACACUGGGUGUGUCUUGUGGGCUAAUCCGAAGCCACCACUCUCUGCUGAGAGGGAACCACGGCGUGAAUCGACUGCCAGAGUGCACAGACCAUUGAACACCCCAAGGAAUGACUCUGCAUACAAACAUCGAGGGCCUUUGUCAAGAAUGGUUACACUUACACAUCCAUUCAAUCCAUAUAACAAAAUGCAGCCAGUCAAUGGACGUACAGCAAGUGGUAACCGUGUAUAGCUUCUUACUAAUGACUUACUUACCAUUUUACGUGUAAAAAGUGUAAGCCUUAACUUUUAAAUGUACUCAAAACAAACGAGAGGAAUCUUUAUGUUGAUACAAAAAUCUGUAGAUAUCUAUCUAAUUUAGCAUUUUCACCUGAUUUUGUAAUAAUUGUACUCCUAGAUUUGCAUAUUUGCAUUUUUUAUAUUUUAUCUAUCAUUUUAGUUAAAAAGGAAUAUCUUAAUCAUUGCCAUCAUCAACAUCAUCAUCAAUAUUAUCACGUCAUCACCGCCAAAUUUCCCGAAUAUCAAAUUUCGAUAAAGAAUGCUACUCCAAUCACAAUGCCUGCCAUAGGUCUUGUUACACUACAUCAGUUUUAAAGGAAAAAUUCAGCCACCCCCCUUCCCCCCUUUGAACAAUGUUGGUUUACCACAAAACGACGUAGGGGAUUAGGAAGUUCGCUUUUUUCUGCGCCUUCUAUGGUAUUUUUCUAAAUUAUCAACAUUGUUUUGGGGGGGGGGGGUGCGGAAAUAAGAGUAUUCGGGAAAAGAAUUGAAAAAUAUAAAAGCACAACGCAAGUUGCUGGGUGUUGUACUUUUGGCAAUGAUCGGAGAACACAUUACUCGUGAAAGUCGGGAGUUGUAGCUUACAACCGUCCUGCUCUAUACACCAAAGACGUGCCCACACGACAUUGAACACUACUAAAUGACAGACUAGUAGCGAGAUCUUUUUUUGGAUGAAAGUGUAAAUAGAUGCAAAAGUUAUUGUAAAAACAUUUUUCAAUAUCCAGCAAGAAGUAUCUGAUGCAGUUUAAGGGUAUGUGGCAGACAAUGAUGUAAUGCGACUUGAGAAAUAAUCGAAGUUGCACAAAGCUAACAAAAAUUUUACAUUUACGAGGAAUUGUAUUACCCUCUAUCAUGUACAUUUUUUAGUAAUUAGCAUAUUUAAUGUCUUGAUUACUGUACGAUGGAAGUUUGGCUGUCGAGGCUGACAUGUUAGAACGCAUUAUAGCACUUCACAGUUUUCCCCCAAAACCAUUGAUUGUUUUAAAGAGAUAAUUUCUCAUUAAAGCAUUCUUCGUGAUUAAAAAUUGCUUGAGGCAAUGUCAUCUUGAAUGCAGAGGUAUCUUAUCCAAGAAAGCAGAAAGAGUUUCUAACUGUGAAAUAUCAUUUCCCAUUUCCUUUGCUAUCAAAUAGUAUUAAUCUUUAUUAGUAGUUUGUAAGAAGUCAAUAAUUACAUCUAAUGAUACAUUUUUGAAAAUCAAAAUUAAA